AUUAAUUUUAGAUUGUUCGUUGAACAAGAUGUCACAAAGUAAGAUCUUUGUAAGAAACCGAGCUCUAGGUUAUGUGAGCAACCACAUAGCACAUGCAACGAGAUUUAUCCUAAAAAGAAACGAGAAUCUAAUUGUUACUUCUGUUGGAAGGGCAUUUCAUACAUACAGCUGUUCCCACUUUGCGCUUCUCACCGUCUCGAGUUUACAUGCAAGCGAUAUAACAUGCUUAGCUGCAGACACAUAUCAUAUCUUCUCGACCUGCGAGAACAAAAUUUAUGCUUGGCGACGAGGGAAUGAAUUGAAACACACAUAUACAGGUCAUGAUAGUCCUGUACAUCUUUUAUUACCCUUCGGGCCCCAUUUGAUAUCAAUUGACGAGGAGAGUAAUAUAAAAGUCUGGGAUAUUAAGACAGAAGAACUCAUGCUCGAGUUGAAUUUCAGCAAUGAUAUCUUCAAAAUAACUACUCUGGCUCAUCCUUACACAUAUGUUAAUAAAAUACUGCUAGGAAGCGAACAAGGACAAUUACAGUUGUGGAAUAUAGAUACUUCAAAAUUAAUUUACACUUUUAAAGGUUGGAACAGUCCAGUGACCGCAUUGGAAUCGGCUCCAGCAAUAGACAUAGCAGCAAUCGGGCUUGCGAGUGGUAAGAUUAUUUUACAUAAUCUUAAAGUGGAUCGGACUGUAUUUGAGUUGAUGCAGGACUGGGGUCUCGUCACUGCCAUAACGUUCCGCAGUGAUGGCCAACCCAUCAUGGCGACGGGCACAUCAAUUGGGCACGUUGUUUUGUGGAAUUUAGACGAACGAAAGAUGGAAAGUGAAAUUAUGCAAGCACAUUUAAAGGCAGUAACUGGAUUAAGUUGUUUGCCGAAUGAACCAAUGAUGGUAUCCUCUUCUCCUGACAAUUCUUUAAAAUUAUGGAUCUUUGAUUUAGCCGAUGGUGGAGCCAGGCUGCUUAAAAUACGUGAAGGUCACUCCGAACCACCAACGUGUAUUCGAUUUUAUGGAAACGAUGGAGACAAUGUAUUGACAGCUGGUGGAGAUUCAUCUUUGAGGAUCUUCUCAACAAUCACGGAGACAUUCAAUAAGAGUCUUGGCAAAGCCUCUUAUGACAGAAAAGCAUCAAAGAAAAAAGGUAGAAUAAUAGUGGAUCCUGCAACUAUGCCUCCUAUAAUGGACAUUGUGUCCGAAAAGACACGAGAGAAAGAUUGGUGCAACAUUGCCACAUCCCACUUAGGCAUUGGAAUGGUCUCUACGUGGUCAUAUGACAACAAGAAGAUGGGAGAACACUUGUUAUUACCGGAGCGAUUUCGUAAAAAACAAUACGUUUCUGCAACGAGUCUCUGCAUAACUCAUUGCGGAAAUUUUAUUGUUAUCGGAUACAGUAGCGGUCACAUUGAUAGAUUUAAUAUGCAGUCUGGAAUUCAUAGAGCCACUUAUGGCAAAGAAUCAGGAGGUCACGAAGGAGCAGUUCGAGGAAUCACAGUAGAUGUCUUAAACCAAACAGUAGUCAGUGCAGGCCGAGAUAAACUGCUUAAAUUUUGGCCCUUCAAACCCGCACAAAGCAGAGAGCCCGAAGCUACGGUACAGUUAGAUGAACCUGCAGAGUGGUUGAGAAACCACAAAGAAAGCUCUCUCGUCGCGAUAGCUCUGCAAGAUUUCAGCAUCGUUCUCGUCGAUUUAGAAAAUAGACGAGUUGUAAGACAUUUCCGAGGACACUCUGGACGCCUUACAGAUGCUACGUUCAAUCCUGAUGCAAGAUGGUUAGUGACAGCAUCCAUGGAUUGCACAAUACGCACCUGGGAUAUUCCUUCUGCUCAUUUGAUUGAUGUCUUUCAGGUCCCGGAAGCAUGUACUUCGGUCCACUUCUCUCCAACAGGAGUGUACUUAGCCACAGUACACGUUUGCAACCUCGGAAUUUAUUUGUGGUCAAAUCGCAUGCUCUACUCCCAUGUGUCAUUGAAAGCACUGCCUGCGGAUUACGUAGUCCCAUCGAUGGACCUUCCUGGAAUUCUAGUGACAGAUGGCGAACAGUUACUGGAACUAGAAGAAGAAGCAGAGACAACAGAUGAAUACUCAUCUCCAGACCAGCUACACGAAACUUUGAUAACCCUGUCUUUGUUACCCAAUUCAAGGUGGCAAAACCUGCUCAACAUAGACAUCGUCAAAAAGAGAAACAAACCAAGGGAGCCUCUGAAGGUGCCAGAAACUGCUCCGUUCUUCCUGCCCACAAUCCCAGCUUUGGAUAUAAAAUUCGACCUGUCGAAUGCAACUAAUACAACGGGCAGUAAAUUGCUCAAAAACACAAACUUGCAAACUCUCACUUCAUUUGGCAACCAGUUGUUAUCCACUACUGAAACAAAUGACUUCACUAAUGUUUUCGAGAUGCUGAAAUCAUUUGGACCUAGUUCUGUUGACUUUGAAAUACAGUCUCUGUCGUUGGAUGAAAAACACACCACUGAAGUCUUAUUACAGUUCUUGGCGAUGAUCAAGUGGAUGAUGACAACUAAAAGGGACUUCGAACUGUCUCAGGCUUACCUCGCUGCAUUUUUAAAGACACAUGACAGGACGAUAGUAAAAACAAAGAAAUUGGUGGAUUAUUUGGAAGAACUCUCCCAAGUGCAACUAGAAAACUGGUCAAUCCUUAGAGAGAAAUUACACUAUAAUCUCAGCUUAGUUGAACACUUGAGAAGAAUGUAAUAGUACAUUUCAUUGCAGCAUUAUUUU